UCGGAGUAUCGAUACCCAUCCCUAAUUAGUAGACACGUCAUGGUUGACAAAACAAUUGAUUCUUAAAUUCAUAAAUAAACAUACACAAAAGCCAUAAUUACAUGUUAAUUCGCUAAAAACAUGGUUUACAUAGACCGCAAUGGUCGGAUCUGGGAGAAGCGUCCUUGGGACUGGCAACGUGUUGUUGAAAUAUUCGUGGGACUCUGGUACAUAAUAUUGCAAUUUUUUCAGACAUUAUUAGCGCCCUUUAAUGGUGGCAAUGGCCAUAACCGCGAUAACCGCAACAGCCGCAGUAGUGGCUGGGGCAGUGGUGGAGGAGGCGGAGGUGGUGGCGGCAGCGGUGGUGGAGGAGGAGGAGGAGGUGGUGGUCUAAGGCCAAACCGACGAAUUGGACGCAUACAGCAACAAGAUCCUGUGAACGGCUCAGCAUGUUCCAUGGGCGGCGGAUGAGGAUAGUAGCGGCGUCCUUGAGCAAAGAGCUUGUGCUCUGCUCGGUCGCCGCUGAACGGUAAAUCUGCCCAACUUCAAGAUUAGAUAUCGCAAGUUUCUUUGCGCUUAUGACGCAGCAUCCACAAACUCAAAACCGAGUGGGAUGCUUCUGACCAAAAUUCUAUGCGAAGUUGGGGCGAACAUUUGAUGGAGUUAUGAAUAAUUUUCCAACUCGAUUUUUGGUUUAAGUUUGUUUAUUUAACAAAAACUUUUAUUACAAAUUAAUCGUAACUGCUGAUAAAAAUAGUAACAUUCUCUAACAUCUAUAAAUUUCUCAUUUAUUAAAAAAAAGCUUUAUAUGUAAAUAUAUAUUAAAAUAAUUAAACUGGUAUAAAUGCUUGACAAAUUUAAA